GCAAUAUGUGUCUUCCAGGAAUUUGAAACAGUACUAACAACAGUCAACCAAAAAAGUGACACUGUUAUAGAAUUGUGUAAUCCAAUGACUUUUGUAUAUCCUGCGAACACUCAGAUCCACCUUCAGGAAAGGCUGUGUUCGUAAAGUUAGCCUAAACAGCAUAGUCAAAAUAGUAGCACUGACAAUGAGAUAAUGUAGCUUACAAAAUACAGGAGUUCUCUUAACAAAUGUAUGGAGGCUUAAUCUGUCCCAGUGGAUAUUCAGCAGUUAUUGUGAGAACAACUUUUUUUUAUUCAAAGAUCUAAUGUGUCGUUGUCUUCAUAACAGUUUGUAGUCUGAGGCACUACCUUCGCGUCAUGGAAUGUUCCUUCUCUGACUGGUGGUGGUGUCGUGAGCACAUAACCUCGGUUUCCCAGUGACUUUUACAGUCUGGUGCACAUGGGGUUAAAUUUUCAGCUACAACAGCAGUUUGUGGGGGAGUUACCGAGAUUUAGACUGCAGUAACAUCACGGCGCAUUCCUGGGCAGUUCUUAGCAGCCAACAUCUUAUUAGAACCAUAUCUUAGGCCGGUUGCUCGACUUGAUCCAUAAUACAGGGAAACGCGUCGACAUUAGGUUGUCAGCCGCUCUGCCGGACCGGAGAGAGCAUUUUGGAGUAUGCCAAGUCUACAUUCAACUGCUUAGCUUGAUAUCGGUGCCGUUGGGCUAUGUAUCGGUGCUGAGUGUGGCUGUGGAAGGCCAUCAGUGAGCAGAGAUUCCCUGGUCCUCCUCCUCUCUUCCUCCUCCUCCACCACCUCCUCCUCCUCCCUCCCAGUCCUCCUCAUCCUGUGUCGCGUGAGGCUGGCCCCUGGUCGUCAUGUCCGCUGACGUGGAGAGCAGCAGCGGCCCGUCCCCAACGGAGCAGCAGCCGCCCAUCAAGACACCCUCCAAGAAGGAGAAGAAGAAGGGUGUAGCCAGCCCAGAGAAGACGGAUGAGUACCUGCUCGCCAGGUUCAAAGGAGACGGCGUGCGGUACAAGGCCAAGCUGAUUGGUGUGGACGAUGUACCCGAAGCCAGGGGGGACAAAAUGAGUCAGGACUCCAUGAUGAAACUGAAGGGUAAGGCAGCGGCAGCCCGCUCCCAGGGCAAACACAAGCAGCGAGUGUGGGUCAACAUCUCACUGUCGGGCAUCACCAUCACUGAUGAGAAGACCGGGGCGGCUGUGCUGGAGCACGCGGUCAACAAGAUCUCCUUCAUCGCGCGGGACGUGACCGACAACCGGGCCUUUGGCUACGUGUGCGGCGCCGAAGGCCAGCAUCAGUUCUUCGCCCUCAAAACGGCUCAGCAGGCGGAACCUCUCGUUAUUGACUUGAAGGACCUCUUCCAAUUAAUCUUCAAUAUGAAGAAAAAGGAAGCGGAAGGCUCAAAGAAGGAUGAAACAAAUAAGGUAGUGGAGAAUGGCACUGAAUCAACUAAUGGCAACCAAGGUGACAAAUUGAAGGGCAUGGAACAACUGGACUUGUUUGGAGACAUGUCGACCCCACCAGAUUUGCAUUCUCCUUCGGAACCCCAGGACAUCCUACUGAUGGAUCUGUCCACUGAGAUCGACAGCAACCAGAACUGCGUGAAGGGCAACCCCUUCACCGCCUCCUCCUCUUCCUCUGUCCUCAGGCCCCAGCCCAGCCUCUCGCCUGAGAACCCCUUCUCCUCGCAGCUCAGCUUCUUCCCCACCCCCAGCCCGGACCCCUUCAGCGACGACCCCUUCUCCAAGAACGGCGAGCGUGCCGUCUCCUCAUCCUCCUCCUCCUCUUCGUCGUCCUCCUCCUCCUCCGCCGCCCUGCGCCCCUCCAGCCACGAGAGCCCCUCAUCAGUUGCCUUCUUCAAUGGCACCGGCGGUAAGAACGGCGACUCGGACUACCUGGCCCAGCAGUUCGACCAGAUCUCCAACCGGACGGCCGUUCAGGCCCUGAGCAACGGGCAAUGGCCACUGGACGCCAGGGCGGGGACGGAGGCUGGUGCCUGGACCCCCACGGCAAGCGCCCCGGUCCCCAUCCCCGUGCCGGUGCAGGAGCAGAACGGCCACCACGGGAAGGCCGUCCCUAACCCCUUCCUGGAGGCGGCCGACAGAGGUCUGCCCAUGCAGAACGGAGUCAAUGCCGAGCCCACCGCCGCCGCCUUCACCGCCCAGGCCAAGGACUCGGUCAUCAUCAGCCCUCCUCCGUUGAAUGCCAAGGGCGGGCGGGGGAGGAGGAGUGUGAAGUCUCCUACAAAUGAAAAAUCUGGUACAGACCCAUUUACAUCGCCCAGUCACACAGAGACACCAUCUCCGCCUCAGCCAGAAAUGAUCCCUGCUAAUCUCUUCAUUAAGAGUCCAGUGAGCACCUCGGAUACUAUGGCUGCUCUCGGAGGGUUGACUCUGGGUCCUCCUCCAGCUCCAGCCCCUAGCUCAGCUCCCUGGAGCCAGCCUCUAUCCUCCAUCUUCCCGCCUGCCAUCUCCACUGUCUCCCAGCUGCCCAACAGCC